AUCUUCCAAAAAAAAAAUUGGAUAUUUUUCAACCUCGGAAAAUUAUCUCCAUUAUCAGACCUAACCCUAGUCUCGACUGUAUAAAUAGCUCAUCUUCUCUGCCUGAGUUUAUUGUUAACAAGCUUUUCUUCGCUUUCUAUCGGAGUAUUUGGCGUUUAUUUUCAUUCUAUUUUCAAGGGAGUUGUGGAGAGACCGGUGUGUGAGCAGAUUUGCACGUUGUCAAAGUGGAGGGUGUUAAGUUUGAAGUUUCUUUUAUGUCUGUAGCCGCCUCUUCCUUUUUGGGAUCUGUUGGGUUGCUAGGGGAGUACUGUCCUACGUCCAGACACAAGUAUAAACGUCCCCACACGGGUCCUGCCUGUACUCAGAUGCAUGCAGCCACACCUAUUACUUCUCAAUUCUAUACAUCUUUGGGGUUGCACUUUAAUGCGCCCAUUCUCCAGUCCAAGAGAAGAAACAACCCGUCGGUAGUCGGACAAAUUUGCCCCUUGUCUCAACUGAACAACCUUGGUAACUCACCUCUUAGUUGUCCUCCUUUGUCACUUCUGUAAUCAAAUCAACUUACCUACGAGCAAACAUGGCGCUCCAAAAUAUUGGUGCGGCGAACCGUGAUGAUGCCUUCUAUAGGUAUAAGAUGCCUAGGAUGAUAACUAAAAUAGAGGGUAGAGGGAAUGGCAUAAAGACCAAUGUGGUGAAUAUGGUGGAAAUCGCAAAGGCCCUUGCUAGGCCGGCAUCCUACACAACCAAGUACUUUGGGUGUGAACUCGGGGCUCAGUCCAAAUUCGACGAGAAGAAUGGGGUUUCUCUUGUCAAUGGAGCCCAUGACACCGCUAAGCUUGCUGGCCUCCUUGAGAACUUCAUUAAGAAAUACGUGCAGUGCUAUGGGUGCGGCAACCCAGAGACUGAGAUUGUGAUCACCAAGACCCAGAUGAUCAACCUCAAGUGCGCUGCCUGUGGGUUUGUAUCUGAGGUGGACAUGAGGGACAAGCUCACAACUUUCAUCCUGAAGAAUCCACCAGAGCAAAAGAAGGGUUCAAAGGACAAGAAGCUGAGGAGGGCUGAGAAGGAGCGGCUCAAGGAAGGCGAGGCAGCAGACGAGGAGCUAAGGAAGGCGAAGAAAGAGGUCAAGAAGAAGGCAUCAGCCACCACACCCAAGGACUCGAUUACCAAGAAAUCAUCAUCUUUCUCAAGGAAGAAGGCAUCGGCAUCUGACGAGGAUAAGUCGUCGCCAGUUGGGAGCCAGGCCGAUGAGAAUGAGGCUGUAGGUGAUGGCGAGAGUGACGAUGAUAACGAUGUCCAGUGGCAGACUGACACUUCUGCCGAGGCUGCCCGCCAGCGCAUCCAGGAGCAGCUGAGUGCUGUCACUGCCGAGAUGGUCAUGCUCAACACCACCAGUGAGCCGGAGUCCAAACCCAAGAAAAGUGAACCUGCCAAAACUGAAUCGGAGAACAAAUUGAACAAGAAACAAGAGGUGCAGAUCCAAAAUGGAGGAUCUACUAAGAAACAAUCACAAGAUGAGGAAGAUGGAGAAGAGCAAGAGGAAGAAGCCACCACUGGGACCCUAAUUUUUGAGAUUAAGGGGUGGUUGAAGAAGGGGAGCACCCCGGGGCAGCUCCUGGCCCUGCUUAGUUCACUGUCGGGCUCGCAGCAGGAGGUUAUGGAUGCACUAUUUUGGGCUCUUUUUGAGAAUGCUGGGAAGGGCUUCGCGAAGGAAGUUGCUAAAAAGAAAGGGUAUUUGGCAGCAGCUGUGGGCUCGGAUGCGAGCAGGCAGACCCUCUUGCUGAGGGCAAUUGGAGGGUUUUGCAAUGGGGCAAAUGCCGAUGCGGUGAAGGAAGUGGGUUUGGCUUUGAAGGCGUUGUAUGAUGCAGAUGUGUUGGAGGAGGAUUACAUAUUCCAGUGGUUUAAAGAGGGGGUUUCGGGUUCGACAAAGGGUGACCAGAUUUGGAAGAUUGUUAAGCCUUUUGCCGAGUGGCUUCAGAGUGCUGAAUCCGAGACCGAGGAUGAGGAAUAGACAGAUUCUCUCUCGCUCUCUCUCUCUAUAUAUAUAUAUAAUGAUAUCUCUCAUUAAUUCAGCAUUAAGGAUGAGGCUGUGGCUUUGGAGUGCGGAAACCAAGGCUCAGUCGAAGACUGAUGAUGAGUAGCCUCUCUUUCCUAGAGCCUCUUAGCAUUAAGUAAUAAAAAGCAUGUGAUGUGAGUUUAGAGUGAGGUUUAAGAAGUUUAGUUGGCUUGCGUGGUAGUUGGUGUUUGGGUUUGAUUCUGGAGUCUGUACUGAUUCUGAUUUGUGCUCUGCCUUCUAUGUUUCUGAUUUCUUUCAGUUUGCUGCAAUGUGUGUGAACAGUUCUUAUUUUGGAUGAGUUAAUGUAUUAUGUGAAGGGUUUUAUUUU